CCAAGAGAGUGGCCUCUAAAGCCUUGUACUCUUACUCUGGACUGUCCCAGACUUUGUUGAUUUGAAAGCGUCACAACCCAACCAUCUGCUUCUAGGGAAAGCUCCCUUAUGGAACCUUUUCUUUUUCAUAUUCCAUCAUAGUAGCAGUUAGUCUCAGUAUUCUAAUGAUGAGUAGUAUUUCUUGGGAAUGACUCUGCUGGCUGCUGUUAGAGAGUUGGUGAGCAUGAGUGAAGUUGAAGAAAGUGAAGGGAACUGCUUCCUGUUUGCUUCAACAAGAGAAAACAUGAGGGAAUUAAAAGAACCCAGGCAGCGUAAAGAUAACAGGCGCCCAGAUCUGGAAAUCUAUAAGCCUGGUCUUUCUCGACUAAGGAACAAAGUUAAAGUCAAGGAACCCUCAAUGCUUGAGGAAUUUAAGGAUGAAAUUAUCAAUGACAGAGAUUCUUCUGUCAGGAAUGGUACACAGCACCUUAAAGAUGUCUGCAAGGAACAGGACAGCCAGCAGCAGAAUGGCCCUGUAGACCCAGAAAAUAUUCAGGCACAGGAAUCCUUCCCUAAAACUGCUGGACAUGAGGAGCAAAGUCUACGAAUUAUCAAAAGAACAAAGAAACCUGACAUGCAGAUCUACCAGCCUGGACGGCGUUUGCAGACUGCUGCUAAAGAAUCGGCUAGCCGGGUAGAUGAGGAAGAAAUCCUCAACCAGGUAGAAAAACUGCAAGUAGAGGAAGCUGAGUGUAGGAGAAAUACUGAAAAAGAGGAGGUAAUGAAUAAACCCCGCAAAGAUGAGACAGAAAAGAGCCCAAAUAGUGACAGAAUAAGGGUUUCAAAGGGAGAAAAAGGAAAACGAAUUGAAAAGGGGGAGGGCCUGAAGAAAGUGAAUGAAGAGCUGGCACAGGGGAAGCCAGGUUCUGCAAAGCGCUACUCCCGCUCAGACAAGCGAAGGAAUCGCUGUCGCACUUGUAGCACCAGCUCAGCUGGUAGCAACAACAGUGCUGAGGGAGCUGGCCUAACUGACAAUGGCUGUCGGCGGCGGCGACAGGAUCGAACCAAAGAGAGGCCACGACUGAAGAAGCAGGUAUCAAUGUCCUCAACCGACUCCUUGGAUGAGGACAAAAUUGAUGAGCCUGAUGGAUUAGGGCCCCCGAGGAGCUCAGAAAGGAGGAGACAUGUAGAAAGAAGUUGGUCCGGCCGUGGGGAGGGUGAGCCGAAAAGCAAUGGUAAAGAGAAUCGCGGCACCCUGCGUGUCACCUUUGAUGCAGAAACCAUGACCAAAGAGUCCCCCCUGGGGAGGUCAGCCAGGGAGGACAUGGACAGGCCAAAGCAUGACAGGAGCUUGAGCAGCGGGGGCAAAACCUCUGAGAAGCAGGAGUCCAAAACCCUAAAACGAGAACUUCGGGGUCGUGGCCGUGGCAUCCUGAUCCUGCCAGCCCAUACCACCCUGUCUGUCACUUCAGCAAGCUCUCCAGAGGCCACACCUCUGCAGCCUCGGCUUUUAUUUGGGUCUGGUAGUAAGGGAUCUCGGAGUUGGGGCCGAGGAGGCACCACCCGCCGAUUGUGGGACCCGAAUAAUCCUGACCAGAAACCUGCUCUAAAGAGCCAGACGCCUCAGCUGCACUUCUUGGACACUGAUGAUGAAGUUAGCCCUACAUCUUGGGGUGACUCUCGCCAGGCCCAAGCAUCUUACUAUAAGUUUCAGAACUCUGACAAUCCCUAUUAUUAUCCUCGGACACCUGGUCCAGCCUCCCAAUACCCCUACACAGGCUAUAGCCCUCUGCAGUACCCAGUGGGCCCAACGAAUGGUGUUUAUCCAGGACCUUACUACCCAGGCUACCCAACUCCAUCAGGACAGUAUGUUUGUAGCGCUCUCCCUGCGAGCACCUUAAGUCCCGAGGAGAUGGAGCAGCACAUGAGGAACAUGCAGCAACAGGAGUUGCAUAGGCUUCUCCGGGUGGCUGACAACCAGGAACUGCAGCUCAGCAACUUGCUCUCCAGGGACCGCAUUAGUCCUGAGGGUCUGGAGAAGAUGUCUCAGCUCAGAGCUGAACUGCUGCAGUUAUAUGAGCGUUGCAUUCUGUUAGAUAUUGAGUUCUCUGAUAAUCAGAAUGUGGAUCAGAUCCUGUGGAAGAAUGCUUUCUAUCAAGUGAUUGAGAAGUUCAGGCAGCUUCUCAAGGAUCCAAAUGUGGACAACCCUGAACAGAUUCGGAACAGACUUUUGGAGCUCUUGGAUGAGGGUACUGACUUUUUUGAUGGUUUACUUCAGAAGCUGCAAGUUACUUACAAGUUCAAACUGGAGGACUACAUGGAUGGUCUUGCCAUUCGCAGCAAGCCAUUACACAAGACAGUAAAAUAUGCCUUGAUCAGUGCUCAGCGAUGUAUGAUCUGUCAAGGAGAUAUUGCUAGGUAUCGGGAGCAGGCCAACGACACCGCAAACUAUGGAAAAGCUCGCAGUUGGUACCUGAAGGCCCAGCACAUUGCUCCCAAAAAUGGGCGCCCGUAUAACCAGUUGGCUCUGCUGGCAGUAUAUACGAGGAGGAAGCUUGAUGCUGUAUAUUACUAUAUGCGCAGUUUAGCUGCCAGCAACCCCAUCCUGACGGCCAAGGAGAGUCUGAUGAGUUUGUUUGAAGAGACCAAACGAAAGGCAGAACAGAUGGAAAAGAAGCAACACGAAGAAUUGGAACUGAACUCUGACCAAUGGCGGAAAGGAAAGAAGUCUACUUUCCGGCAUGUUGGAGAUGACACCACUCGCCUAGAGAUUUGGAUUCAUCCAUCCCAUCCCCGGUCCUCGCAGGGUACUGAAUCUGGGAAGGAUUCCGAGCAGGAAAAUGGACUAGGCAGCCUGAGUCCCAGUGAUCUGAACAAAAGGUUCAUCCUCAGUUUUCUCCAUGCCCAUGGGAAGCUGUUUACCCGGAUUGGGAUGGAGACCUUCCCAGCAGUGACUGAGAAGGUCCUCAAGGAAUUCCAGGUGUUACUGCAGCAUAGCCCCUCUCCUAUUGGAAGUACGCGCAUGCUGCAGCUGAUAACCAUCAAUAUGUUUGCUGUUCACAACUCCCAGUUGAAAGACUGCUUCACAGAGGAGUGCCGGUCUGCGAUCCAGGAGCAGGCUGCAGCCUUGGGCUUGGCCAUGUUUUCCUUAUUGGUGCGGCGCUGUACCUAUCUACUUAAGGAGUCUGCCAAAGCUCAGCUGUCCUCUCCCGAGGACGAGGAUGACCAAGAUGACAUCAAGGUGUCUUCCUUCGUCCUGGACCUGAAGGAACUGCUCCCCAGUGUGAAAGUCUGGUCAGACUGGAUGCUUGGCUACCCAGAUACCUGGAACCCUCCACCCACAUCCCUGGAUCUGCCCUCACAGGUGGCUGUGGACGUGUGGUCGACCCUGGCUGAUUUCUGUAACAUACUGACUGCAGUGAAUCAGUCUGAGGUACCACUGUACAAGGACCCGGAUGAUGACCUCAGCCUUCUUAUUCUGGAGGAGGAUCGACUGCUCUCGGGCUUUGUCCCCUUGCUGGCUGCCCCUCAGGACCCCUGCUACGUGGAGAAAACCUCGGAUAAGGUUAUUGCAGCCGACUGCAAAAGGGUCACAGUGCUGAAGUAUUUUCUGGAAGCCCUUUGUGGACAAGAAGAGCCUCUGCUGGCAUUCAAGGGUGGAAAAUAUGUGUCAGUGGCACCCGUCCCAGACACCAUGGGAAAGGAAAUGGGAAGCCAAGAGGGAAAACAACUGGAAGAUGAGGAGGAGGACGUGGUGAUCGAAGACUGUGGGGAAGAGUCAGAGGCUGACGGCAGCGGAGCCGAGGAUGACAUCAGGGAACUCCGGGCCAAGAAGCUGGCCCUGGCCAGGAAGAUCGCGGAGCAGCAGCGUCGUCAGGAAAAGAUCCAGGCUGUCCUGGAGGACCAGAGUCAGAUGAGGCAGAUGGAGCUCGAAAUCAGACCCUUGUUCCUCGUCCCAGACACCAACGGCUUCAUUGACCACCUGGCCAGUCUGGCACAGCUGUUGGAGAGCAGGAAGUACAUCCUGGUGGUGCCCCUCAUCGUGAUCAAUGAGCUGGACGGCCUAGCCAAGGGACAAGAGACGGACCACCGGGCAGGGGGCUAUGCCCGUGUGGUACAGGAAAAGGCCCGAAAAUCCAUUGAGUUCCUAGAGCGGCGGUUCGAGAGUCGGGACUCUUGCCUUAGGGCACUGACCAGCCGUGGCAACGAACUCGAAUCUAUCGCCUUCCGCAGUGAGGACAUCACCGGCCAGCUGGGCAACAACGAUGACCUGAUCCUCUCCUGCUGCCUCCACUACUGCAAAGACAAGGCAAAGGACUUCAUGCCUGCCAACAAAGAGGAGCCCAUCCGGCUACUGCGGGAGGUGGUGCUGCUGACCGAUGACCGGAACCUCCGUGUGAAGGCGCUGACAAGGAAUGUGCCUGUUCGAGACAUCCCAGCCUUCCUCACGUGGGCCCAGGUGGGCUGAGGGGGCCACUCGGGGCCUGCCCCCACGGAGCCAUUCCUGAAAGGCCACCAGGCACCCAGUGUAGCAUGGAAGAUGCCCACGUGCCUGAGCCACCAGUCCACCCAGACAAUAAACCAUCCUCUUCCAACCCACGCCGUGGCCGUGCUGUGGCGGAGCUGCUCCUCACAGAGCCCCUCCCAAGGGCCGGGUGGAAGCUGCUGGGACCCUCCUGGGCUGCCAAGAUUUAGCAGGGAGGUGGCUGGCUGCAGCGACAGCAGGUGGACGAGCCAGAUGGGCCACCAUGCUGGCAGCCUUUUCCUCCCCCUGUAUAGUUCAAGGGCUGGGGGAAGGCCGUCUCGCCCCAGAGACUCAGCCCCCUUCUCAGACAGAGAUGGGGCAGAGAGCUGAACAUUUCCAUCAGAUGCAGGUGGAACCACAGAUCCCUUGACCCUUCAGCACCCGAUCCUGAAUCUGUGUCCCAGAGGCUGUAGCUGUUCCGUGAAGUGUGUGCUCAAGGGAUGUGUCCAUCUCCCUGGGCCGGAAAACCCCUGUGACCUGCAGUUGGGUCCUGCACACCUCUUCCCCCAUCCCUCUUUCUUCCUGCCCUUACCACCCUGGCUCGGUGUCCUCUGCUACUUGCUUUCCCCUGGGAUGGUGGUGGAUCUCGAAGAAGGGACAUCUGCUCUCAGGCCCACAUUGCCACAUUGCCGGAUGCCCUCACCCGCCUCCCUCUCCACACUUGGGCCUUUUUGCUAGAGUUCUCACUU